GUCGGGCCAGCGCAGGACACCUCCGUCGGCACAGCGGCCUGGGGCCCUUUCCCUCGGCUGAGGAGGAAGAGGAGCCGGGCAGCAAUGAAGGGCCUGAGCCGCCUGCUCCGCGCCGGGGAGGAUGCCGCGCAGGGAGCCGUGGCAGUGAGCCACGAGGGCCUACUGCCAGAUGAGAGAGAAUUUCAAUGUGCUGCUAAAAUGAACAAUUUGGAUACCAUGGAAAAGCUGUUUAAAAAGAAUGUUAAUAUAAAUGCUGUAGAUACUCUGAAGCGCACAGCAUUCCAUUUUGCUGUUGCGGGAGGCCAUGUGUCUGUGGUGGAUUUUCUUCUUCAUCACAAAGCUAGACUUGACAUGGCAGAUCAGCAUGGCCUGACAGUGAUUCAUCUUGCAGCUUGGACUGGAAAUCUGGAUAUAAUGCGAAAAUUAGUUAAAGCAGGUGCUGAUCAAAAGGCUAAGAAUGAGGAAGGAAUGAAUGUACUGCAUUUUGCAGCUCAGAGCAACAGCAUUAAAAUAGUUGACUAUUUCCUGCAAGAUCUUCAUCUGAAUGACUUGAACCAACCUGAUGGGAAGGGUAAAAAGCCGUUUCUUCUGGCCUCUGAAAAAGGCCAUGUUGACAUGAUAAAAAAAUUAAUUUCUCUGAAGCUGUUCACAUCUGAAAAAGAUGAGGAGGGAAACACAGCAUUGCAUUUAGCAGCUAAAAAUGGUCACAGUGGAGUUGUAGAAAUUCUGCUUGAACAGUGGGAAGAAAUAAAUGACCUCAAUCAGAAUGAAGAAACUCCAUUUUACUUGGCUGUUGAAGGAGGUCAUGAAAAAUGUGCUGAACUCUUACUGGAGGCAGGGAGUGACAUCAAUGUUUCAACUCAGAACAACAGCAGUGCUUUGCAGGUUGCAAUUCAGAAUGGACAUCUAUCCUUGGUUACUUUUCUUAUUGAUAAGAAUAUUGACCUGGUUGCUAAACCUGAGCAGAAGAAUUCCCCUCUCCAUUUAGCCAUUAUCAGUAAUAAUCUACCAGUAGUAAAAAGCCUUUUGGAUGCCAAUCACGACAUAAACUCCUUAAAUCACAGGCAGGAAACCCCUUUACAUCUGGCAGCUGAUCUUGGCAAUGUGGAGUUGGUGGAACUGCUGCUGAAGUCAGGCUGCAAUCUCAAGACCACAGAUAAGUAUGGAAAAACGGCACUGGCCACAGCAUCAAGGAGCCAUCAUACCCUCAUUGUAGAUAUGAUCAUUAAAGCAGAAAGGUAUUUUGCCAUGAAACAGACACAUCUAGCCCAUAGUGGCAAUGGGUCAGACUUCAGCGUGUCCUUCAAACAAGAUCACAGUACACAGACCAAGCAAAUCCGUUCCUCCCUUUGGAAUCUAGCAUAUAACCUGUUAAAACCCCGUGAAUGGAAAAAACUGGCUGUGUUCUGGAAAUUCACUGAUGAACAAAUUAAAGCUAUUGAAGAACAGUGGACAGGGAAAAAAAGUUACAAGGAACAUGGAAACAGAAUGUUGCUCAUCUGGUUACAUGGUACUUUGCUGGUUCAUCAGAAUCCUGUUAAACAGCUGUACGAAGAUCUGGUGGAAGCAGGACUUCAGCCUUUAGCUGAGAAGAUCCGAGCUUCAAUUUCCAUUGGCAUGGACUCCAGGAAAUGUGUCAUUUCAUGAGUUCAUCAACAAAACAUGGCAUAUAUGAUGGAAUUACAUGCCACAUGGAAAGUGGCUUUCAAAUAUCUUUCUGGGAAACAAAAAACCUAUUUUGAAGUUGUACAACUUUUUCCACCCUAGAAGAACUUGUGCGGCUGAAAUGUUUACUUUUUUUUCCUCAAAUGCUUGCUAUAUAGAAAUGUAAAAAAUUAAGAGCAAAUGGCUGACUGGCAGUUUAUAACUGCUAAGCAAGACUCACCACUUACAGUUUCUACACCUGACCUUACAUUGAUAAAGUAAUUCUGUAUUGGAACUGCAAAUUAAUCUAGUUUGUGUUUGAUGUGAAAUGUAAAUAAGAUGUUUUCUACAUGAAAAAAUUAAAUCUAUCAAGUGGAAAUUAUGUGUAUAAAUCAAUUACCACUUCCAGAAAUAAGCUGGCAUCUGGCCUCAUUUGGGAUUCAGGUUUUUACAAAUUCUUGCUAUGAUUAUGACAGAUCUUGCUAC